AGUGACAGGUACCGAGAUACCUUAGUUUAUGCUACGGAGGCGAAGAACUGUCAUAAUUACUUUAGGAAUUUUGUGUUCUGUCGCCGUUUUCUUGUUGAUAAAUCUGUACUGGCAAGACAGAGGAGACGAAAAGGUCACGAGGUCAGUGAAAACCGAAAGACGUACAAUAAGAGAUUACAUAGAUAGCUCGAUUCAUGACUCCUUUUAUGUUCAUCAGUUUGAUCGAAAGUCUCUGAAGCUGACAAAAACAGCCAUCGACUACAAUUCUGAAAAUAAUGCCGUAAACAUUUUUCAGUACCAAAAGCUGAAGAGUGCACCAUGUGUUCCUUUCCAGACCUGGAGAGGGAUGAUAAAAAUAUGCACCCACAACCCGAAGCAAGACACAAUGAUAUCGGCCUUUGUUCAUGAAUUUGCUACCUGGGAGCAGGAUUUUCUUAAUGCUACUGGGGAUAUUUUGACAAAGAACCCACAUAUAACGUUCGUAGAUCUGGGAUGUAACAUUGGAGUGUAUACACUAUUUGCAGCUAAACUGGGAAUAUCGGUCGUAUCAGUGGACAUUUUCUACAAAAAUCUUGCACUUUUAUCCGAAUCCUUAGAAAUUAAUUCACUGAAAGAAAAUGUCACAUUGGUACAUAACGCCAUUUCGGAUCAACGUCAAAAUGUUACGAUUGAGGUCGUAGAAAACAAUAUCGGAGGAUCGUAUGUGAAACCCUUGAAAAACGACAAAAUGUCACGGCAGAUUAUCAUCGGGUCAAUUUUCAUGGAUGAUUUAAUUCCACUGAUUAAAACCAAAGAUGUUUUUGUGAAAAUGGACAUAGAGGGAACGGAACUUAAAGCGCUAAAAGCGGCAAAGAAUUUUCUUCAAGCUGUGAAUGUUAAAGGUAUUUUAAUGGAAUGGGUUUUGCAUAAGAAUAACCCAAGCGCAAAGGAAAUCAUAGAGAUUAUGACUGACAACUGGUUGAUGCCUUACUGGGAUCACCAACAGUUAGUUCCCUUGAAAAUCGGCGCUUAUACCUAUUGGCCUGAUAAUGUAUUCUGGAUAAAACGAUGAUCUAUAAUCUGUAAUCCAUGUAAACGGUGCCAAAGUAUAUUAUAUAUUUAUGAAAUAGAUAAUUUUUAUAUAGGAAUUUCUCAUAUGUUUUAAUGUUUGAUUAUUUUAUAAAAAGAGAAAUAGUAGAGAAAAGUAAUUUUACUGAAAAAAGCAGCAAUAUUUUUUUAAGAAAGAAAACACUGUCAGAUUAAAAUCAAAGUUACUGAGAGUACUGAUAGACGUUGGCGUGAAUUUAUCGAAGUAUAUGAAUAAAAUGUUACGAUAAUCUGUUAA